UUUUUCCUUAUUAUUUUUCAAAAUAAUGACAAUGGUUGAAGUGCAAGUGACCGGUGGAGUUAUAGAGGGACAACAACUGGGAAACGAGUACGAUGGGACACACUACUACAGCUUCAAAGGUAUCCCGUACGCGGAGCCGCCAGUGGGGGAACUCAGAUUUCAGGCACCUAAACCUGUGAGGUCAUGGAGUGGAGUGCGCAGUGCCAAAGAUUUUGGUCCCGUUUGUCCUCAAAUAGAUUUACUGUUCAGAACAGAAAACCCCCUGGUGAGCGAGGACUGCCUGUACCUAAACGUGUACAGUCCGGACCUAACGCCAAAGAAGCCAAAAGCUGUAAUGGUCUGGAUCCACGGAGGCGGCUUUUUCUGUGGCAGCGGCAACGACGACCUUUACGGCCCGAAAUAUCUUCUUCAGCACGACGUAGUACUCGUCACCAUCAAUUACAGGAUCGGUGUCUUUGGGUUCCUCUGCCUAGAUACUGAGGACAUACCAGGAAACGCUGGAAUGAAAGACCAGGUAGCAGCUCUGAAAUGGGUGAAGGACAAUAUCAGUAAUUUCGGUGGAGACCCUGAAAACGUGACGAUUUUCGGGGAGAGUGCCGGUGGAACCAGCGUCUCUUUUCAUCUCGUGUCUCCGAUGAGCAAAGGAUUAUUCAAGCGAGCUAUAAUGCAAAGCGGCGUCACCACGAACUGUUGGUCGGAGGUUACUAAUGCCAGAAAAAGAGCACUGGUCCUGGCCUCGAGCCUAGGUUGUGAAUCAGACGAUGACAAAGAAAUCGCCAAAUUCUUAAAAACAUGUUCAACUGAGUCGAUCCUCUUCCCGCGACUGCCGCUCACAUUUUCUGAAGGGAGGAGGGAGUACCCUGAAUUAUAUUUGGCUAUUGUGAGCGAAAAGGAGUUUGAUAACGUCGAGAGGUUCUACAGCGGGGACAGCUUCACGAAUAUUCUUAACAACCUUCACAAGGACGUCGACAUCAUGAUGGGCUACAUGGAGCACGAGGGUCUGAUAUUCCCGGCGCUCACGCCGAAGACGGACAAAGCGAUCAAGCACGCGAACACCUUCAUGGAAUACUUCGUGCCGAAUUCGAUCAUACUGAACAACACGCCUCUCCAGUCCCACAAAAUCGGGGAGAUGAUCCGAAACUUCUACAUCGGGAAGGAGCCGUUAACGAAGUCUAAUGCGCUGAAAUUCGUCAGAUUCUUCUCGGCGGCGUUCUUCUUCUACGAUAUCUUAACGUGGUGUCGGCUCGCGGCGAGCAGGCGGACGAAUAGAGUGUUUCUGUACAAGUUUUCGUGUCGGUCCAAGCUUAACAUGUUCAACAAGGUCUUUGGAGGGACGAAGCUGUAUGCGGAUGAGAAAGCGGCCUGCCACGCGGACGACCUUCUCUACUUGUUCACGAACAUUCACACGGAGAGACACCCCGUCGACUCCGUUGAGAACAAGUUAAUCGCACAGGUGAACAAGCUGUGGACGGAUUUCGCGAAAUUCGGAAACCCAACUCCAGAUAACACCUGGCCUCAGUUCCACCUGGAAGACCAGAGCUACCUCAACAUCGGCAAGCACCUGCAGGUGGAACAUCACCCGGAGAGAGAAGACCUGGAGUUCUGGGAUGAGAUUUACAGGAAAUACCUGCCGGCGCGGAGUCUUGAUGUGAUUAAGCAGUAGAGCUGAAGUAUAAAAGUUAAACCAACCAAUUAUAUUUUACUAG